UUGAUGGUGGAUGUUCGUCAUCCUGAAAAAAUCUUCGGCCGACACUUUUAUUUACUAAAGAUAUUAAAUGAUCUGGUGGGUUGAGGUCUUGUCGACAUUAAUAAGCAAAGGAUGUCUCACUACACGGAUGAGCCGCGCUUCACCAUCGAGCAGAUCGACCUGCUCCAGCGGCUGCGGCGAACGGGCAUGACCAAACCCGAGAUCCUGCACGCCCUCGACACCCUGGAGCGGCUGGACCGCGAGCACGGGGACAAGUUUGGCCGUCGCACCGCGUGCGGGCCGUCCGCUUCUGCCUCAGACACCACCACCACCACCACCAACAACAACAAUAACAACAACACCACCUCCAGCACCACGCCCACCUCAAACAUCGCCAGCGCAGCCACAGCGACCUCUUCUACCACCUCCACCGCAACGCAGACGCAGUUCCGCCUCUCGCCACCUCACAGCAACAACUACGCCACUUCUCCGCCCGCCGUCUUACCCUCGCCCGUCUCUCUGGUCGCCAUGGCGCAGAACGGGCGGGACGCCUUGGCCGCCACGCCCAACGGGAAGCUCUCACCCCCUCGUUACCCGGUGAACAGCGCGGUGGCGUCGCGCGCGUUUGGAUUCGACGGGCCAGAGGACGAGGUGGACAUAGAUGAUAAAGUGGAGGAACUCAUGAGGCGGGACAGCAGUAUGGUGAAGGAGGAGAUCAAGGCCUUCCUGGGGAACCGGCGCAUCUCUCAGGCAGUCGUGGCUCAGGUCACCGGCAUCAGCCAGAGCAGAAUUUCUCACUGGCUCCUGCAGCAGGGCUCAGAUCUGAGUGAACAAAAGAAGAGGGCCUUCUACCGCUGGUAUUUGCUAGAGAAGACCACACCGGGUGCCACUCUAAACAUGCGCCCCGCCCCAAUGACCCUGGAUGAGAUUGAAUGGAGGCAAACCCCGCCCCCCAUAAGCACGGUCCCCGGAAGCUUCCGGCUACGCAGGGGCAGCCGUUUCACCUGGAGGAAGGAGUGCCUGGCAGUGAUGGAAAGCUAUUUCAACGACAACCAAUACCCAGAUGAAGCUAAGCGAGAGGAGAUUGCCAACGCCUGCAAUGCUGUCAUACAGAAACCAGGGAAGAAGCUAUCUGAUUUGGAACGAGUUACAUCUUUGAAAGUCUACAACUGGUUUGCCAACAGACGUAAGGAAAUCAAGAGGCGGGCCAACAUUGGGUCUUUUUUCCAAGAAGCAACAAUCCUUGAGAGCCACGGGAUAGACGUCCAGAGCCCUGGAGGCCAUUCCAACAGCGACGACAUCGAUGGGAAUGACUACACCGAACAGGGCUGUGAUGUUCCAUACUUUGAUAAGAGGCCCAUGGCUAGACCCUAUGGCUUCUACAGACUGGAGCCCACAUCGCCAACACAGGAUGACAGCGCCAACCACAGCGAUCAUCAGGACCCCAUCUCGCUCGCCGUGGAGAUGGCAGCUGUCAAUCACACAAUCUUGGCCCUGUCUCGACCGGGCGGAGUCCCCAAUGACAUCAAAACAGAGGCACUGGAUGAUGACUAAGGAGGCUCGUGGGAGGAGGAGGGAGUGCAUAUUGUGUGUGUGUGUGUGUGUGUGUGUGUGUGUACGUGUGUACGUCUGUGAGUCUGGAUGUACUGUAUGUGAGUGGAUUAUACCACAAAGGUGAAUGUGUGCUGCUUUAUCUUUGGGAAGGAGUCCUAUGGCAAAUGACCAAAACAAUGCUUUUUUUCUUAGGCUUUAGAAGCUACCAGUCUUUUUUUUUUUUUUCUGCCACUCCUCCUACUGUACCCAACGGUGACCAUUCAAUCUGGACAUCUGUUCGUGCAGCCACACGGUGUGCUCUUCUCUUUGGAGUGAAAAAAAAAAAAAAAAAAGAAAGGCCAUUUCUUUCUGGAAUCUUCCACAGUACGGGAGGCCAAUGUCUCAAGCACCUACUUGUUUUAGCCUCCCCUCCUCAUUAAAUCGGCAGUAAGGCCAAGUCCUGACUUACCUCAUUCCUCACCUGUAGUAUGUAUACCCUUUGUCCUCUUAAUUAGUGUGCUUCCUGUAAGCAAUGUUUUUGCGCUCUGGGCUCUGGAACAUUCUUGCGAGAAUGCAUCCUGUAGCUUGUAAGACGUGGGACAGAAGAGGGUUCACCGAACAUUUCUACAUAACGCUCUUUGAAUGGACUAUCUGCGUACUGGACUCGACAGCGUAUUGAGAGCUCAGCGUGUAUCUGCGUACUGGACCCAAGGAGUGACCUUCAGAUCUGCAUUUCUCGUCGCCUGUUCACUUUCAUUCCCUCACUUCCCGUAUAUGUGUUUUUCUUUUCGUUCGUUUUUUUCCUUCUUUUUGUAACCAGAGGUAAUUUUAUUUAACGCAUCUUAAAAACCACAAGAAUAUACUGUACUCUAAUUUUGUAAUCAAAAAUCAUGUGAGUCGAGGAAAUUAAAUUAUGAAUAAGUAAGUAAAACAUAGAAGAUAUGGUUUUAUGAAACCAAAAAAAAAAAAAAAAUUAGGGAUUUUCCCUAAAAUUAUGGACAGUCUCCUGGAAUAAACCUGGUCCUCUGCAAGCAGGGAGUUUGUUUCACAUACAGUUUUGGGUUUUGUUUCUUACUUUGUAUAAAAUCCUAAUUCUUCAGCUUUACCCAAAGUGAAUUUGAGUAAACUCGUUGGCUUGAUUUGAAUUUGUUGAGGAGGUAGCAGGUUUGGCAAGCCUCAAUAAAGAACUCACCUCGGACCUAAAUACCUGCUCUCACGCGGUUUCAGCAGUAGACAAAACACUCUGUAGUAUUUCAAAGAUCUACGCAUCCCUUUUUCAGACGUCAGUAACGAGUCAGUAGCAGAAAGAGGGCGGGGUAUGUUCAGCUAGCUGAAAGAGAGAAAUGUUUUAACGUGACGAGUGCUUGUCCUGUUUCAGCAGCUGAAUUGCCAAGCAGUAUGUUGCGUUAAGGAUGCUGCUUUAUCUCCUGUGAAGUGUCCUAACGUUUUUCGCGAUUGAAGCCACAGUCAAGCUGACUGGCAAAAUCUUGCUUUUGUUUUUUUUUUUUUAAACCUCGUACCCCAAAGCUUUAGGGUCUUUGAGGUUCCAUAAUCAACCUAACGCUUAGGCUUUGUUCUGUUUCCCGUAUGUAUUCUGCUCAAAAAGAAACAAGAGGCUCUAAAUGAUUAUCAGUGUAUUUAAUGAUAUUACGUUAUUUGUGUUAUUUCAUUUCUCCCUG